AUGAUUUAUGGUCUGCGAUUGACAAAUCAAAGAAGUAAAAAUGAUUUCGAUGAAGACCAAUUGUCACCGGUUGACGAUGAAAUUCUAAAUAUAGAGGGUGGCGAAUAUUUCCUUCCAAGUGCUGAUAAAGAUAUUGAAAGAUUACAAAUGCAACACUUUCUUUUUAGAUAUAUCUGGGAUGGAAAUUUUUCGUCACCAAUUCAUGAUAAAUUUAUUGAUGGAGGUGUUAAAGUGUUGGAUAUUCAAUGCGGUUCCGGAAUCUUUAUUACUGAUUUAGCUACCCAAUAUCCAACAUCAACCUUUAUCGGUAUAGAUGAUGAUGAAGCUCGUUCUCGCAUUCAAAUAGAAUUGCCAAAUGCUGAAUUUCUUCAUCACAGUGAUAUGCUAGAAGGGUUACCAUUUCCCGAUGAUACCUUUGACUUUGUGAAUCAAAGAUUAUUUACGGCUGUAUCCAUUAAUAAAUGGGAAAAGUUUAUCUUACCAGAAAUUGUUCGUGUCUUGAAACCAGAUGCAUAUUUGGAGUUUAUGGAGUUGCCAGUUUGGAGUAAUAUGGGCCCCGUUACAAAACAAAUAAUGAAAUCAUAUGAUGAAUAUCUAGAAACAAGAGGUGUUUAUCACACAGAACCUCUUCUAUUGGAGCAGAUUUUAAACCUCACGGGGCUUGUCAAAAAUAUUCAUAGUUACGCAAAAACCACUCAUUUAUGGAAAGGGAUGAUUGGUCAAUUGGUAUUUCGAAAUCAACUUCAAAAAAUUGAUUCUAAUAAAUCUGGUUUAUGUGAAUAUUUACAAAUAAGUGAAAAACAAUUUGACAGUAUGUUAGAAACAAUGAGCGAUGAAGUAGUUAAUUAUAAGAGUUCUCUUACAACGUAUAGUUCCGAAACCACUGCUGAUUUCCGAUGGCCAAUUUCGAUGUUGAUUCUUUCUAACCUUAUGAUUAAAACACCAUUGGACUUUUGUUUAUACGAUGUUACACAUUUACGCUGA